AUGGCUGACAGGUCAAUUCAGCGUGUUGCGGUUAUUGGAGCUGGCAUUAGUGGCGUUGCCAGUGCUGGCCAUCUUCUCGCAGCGGGACUAAACGUUACCGUUUUUGAAAGAAGCCAAGCAGCGGGCGGAGUUUGGCUACAUGACAAGCGAGUGCCGGUCGAGCCCCAGUACCCAUGUACCAAGCCGUCAGAUGUGAAGAGGCACAGCAGCGACGAACGGGAUAUAAGGGAAAGGCAGAAGUUAAUACAUGCCCCACCAGGACCGUGUUACGAUGGCCUCGUGAAUAAUGUUCCGACUUCAAUGCUACGCACCAAACUCAAUGCUUGGCCAAACGGAACCCCGCCUUAUGUCAACCACUACGUACUCAAGAACUACAUUCAAGAUACAUCAACAAAGGCCGGAGUUAAUGAUGCAACAGUUUACUGCGCUCGGGUUACAAACGUUCACAAGGAAGGGCAACAAUGGCAAGUGUCAUGGAGCUCCUUGCAUGAAGAUUCCAACGCGGAUGACUUGGUUGAACGGGAAAGCUCAGCAGCAUUCGACGCGGUUAUAGUUGCAUCCGGCCAUUACCAUACGCCUUUGAUUCCAAAUAUAGUUGGGCUGGCGGACGCAAAGGAGAAAUGGCCGUCACAAAUUACACACUCUAAAUCCUUCCGAAACUCAAAGGGAUUUGAAGGGAAAAGCGUCUUACUCAUUGGAGGGGGAGUGUCCUCCGUCGACAUAGCUAGGGAGAUCAGCCCAGUUGCACGCAGGAUAUAUCAGAGUACUCGGAAUGGUGCCUUUGAUAUUCCGCAGAUUGCGCUCCCGGAAAAUGCUAUUCGUGUCGAGCAAGUCGCCGCAUUUGAAAUCGUCUCAGCCGAAGGAUCUUCCGAACAUCUCCCUCUUACUGUCCGUUUCAAGUCUGGCCAGACUCUGGACCAUGUCGAUAAGAUUGUCCUCUGCACGGGCUACCAGAUGGUUCUACCAUUUCUCCCAGAGUACAACAGCGAUGACAUCAACGAAACGGCAAUUGUAACUGAUGGAAGCCAGUUUCACAAUUUGCAUCAAGACAUAUUUUACAUUCCCGACCCAACCUUGGCGUUCGUAGGCGUUCCCUUCUACACGGCUACAUUCACGCUCUUUGAGUUCCAAGCAAUCGCCGUCGCAGCAUUCUUUUCCGGGGCUGCUCAAAUGCCUUCCAUUGAAAGCAUGAGGGCGGAAUAUCAAGCCCGAGUCGACCAUAAAGGACACGGACGAAGCUUUCAUUCACUAAAAGACGAGGAGCAAGCAUAUGUCAAGCAGAUUAUUGAGUGGGUGAAUGCUGAUAGAGCAACGCAAGGCUUGUCUUUGGUUGAAGGUCACACUGCUUCUUGGUUGGAGGGGAAAAAGGCCAAUAGCGAAAGGCUUGCUUUACUUUUCAAAGGAGCUAUACCGUUCGGAAACGCUGCAGAACCGUUGCCGGAAGUAGGAGUUCCGGCUUAA